AUGAAAUCAUUCACUCUUUUCACUUCUGCUCUUGUAGCAUUCGCCAGCACUGUCAGUGCUGCUGGUGUCACCGGUGCUGCCGAAGGUUUCGCUAAGGGCGUUACUGGAGGUGGUUCCGCUGCUGCUGUAUACCCCUCCACCACCGACGAGCUGGUCUCGUACCUUGGUGACAGCAAGCCCCGCGUUAUCAUUCUGAACAAGACAUUCGACUUCCGCGGUACUGAGGGUACUACCUCUGCCAAGGGCUGCUCUCCUUGGGGCACCGGCAGCCUCUGCCAACAGGCCAUUGACAAGGAUGGCUGGUGUGAGAACUACGAGUCUUCUGCACCCAAGGUCUCUUCUCUCACUUAUGACAAGGCCGGCAUGAUCGGCAUUACUGUCAAUUCCAACAAGAGUUUGGUCGGUCAGGGCAGCAAGGGUAUCAUCAAGGGCAAGGGUCUUCGCAUGGCCAACGGCGUAAAGAACGUAAUCAUCCAGAACAUCGCUAUAACUGACCUAAACCCCCACUAUGUUUGGGGUGGUGAUGCUAUCACUUUGGCCGGUACUGAUAUGAUCUGGAUUGAUCAUGUUACUACUCAACGCAUUGCUCGCCAGCACAUUGUCCUCGGAGAGUCUGCUUCCGGUAGAGUUACCAUCUCCAACUGCGACAUUGACGGUUCCUCCUCCUGGUCUGCUACCUGUGACGGCCGCCACUACUGGGCUCUCUACUUCACUGGCUCCAACGACAUGAUCACCUUCAAGGGCAACUACAUUCACCACACUUCCGGUCGCUCGCCCAAGGUUCAGGGCAACACCAUCCUCCACGCCGUCAACAACUACUGGUACGACAUUGACUCCAAGGGUCACGCUUUCGAGCUUGGCCAGGGCGGUUACGUUCUCGCAGAAGGAAACAAGUUCCAGAACGUCAAUGUGAUCAUAGAAGCUGGUGCUACUGGCAAGUACUUCACUGUUCCUGGUAGCGGUAGCCCUUGCAGCUCUUUUAUUGGCCGCAACUGCCAGAGCAACGCCUUCGGCAGCUCUGGUCUCUUCUCCUCUGCCGAUACUAGCUUCCUCGGCAACUUCAAGGGCAAGAACAUCGCUUCUGCCGCUGCUGCCAGCUCCGUCUCUACUGCCAACGUUGGUUACGGCAAGAUCUAA